AUGGCUUCCGCCAAAGUGAUGGCGAAGUUGCAAGCCAACCAAACAGCAAUAACACAAAUGGCGGAAUUCCAUUCGAAGCAAGCGUCCAAUGUCACCAAAAGACCCAACGGCAGCAAUAAGGAGAAACGCUCUAGUUGGCAGAGGCAACAACAACAGCAGCAACAACAGCAGCAACCGACACAAUUGACCCAAGACGAUGCCGAUCAAAGACCCAUGAGAUACCAUGAGAAAGGUAAAAGCGUAUACAGCAUAAGACAUGUCCCAUUCGAUCCAUACGGCUUACAUGCUAUUGUCUUAGACUUGCUUGAACGCUACGCAGACGAACCACCAUCCUUGGUAUUGCACUUGUAUCCCACAUACUUUCGUUUUGAACACGAGGAUGGUUUCUUUUCAUACAAGAGUCAAUUCAAGGAUUUCUUGGCAUGCAUCAAAGAGAAGAGGUUACCACCGGAUCUAAUGGACGUGUUUGAUGAGGCAUUAUGUCGCUUCUACGAAGGCUCCUUGAUCGUAGAGAUACAUGAUCAUCGUCAUUCGGCACAACAACAGGAUGUUGAACCCAAUAUUAAGCGUGUGGUGAUGCGGCCAACAGCCGAAAGUCUAUGGACAGAUAUUUUACUGCUGAACGAAGUUUGGGGAUCCGCAUGGACACAAGAUAUAGCCCUCGAAGUGGAAUCAAAAGUAUUGAUUGCUACGGAGGAGCCAUUAUGUCUUGAUCCAUCCAUUCAAGUGACACGUGUUAGCAAUGCCAUCGAAUACAGCACCGGCCAAAGGAAGAUCAAGCGAAAACAGAAAUGGAAUUCACUUGAGCGAGAGCAAAAGUUGGCAAAGAAGGCUGAGAGCAACAAGCUGAUGACUCUGAUGGAUAAUCGGUCGAAGCGAUCAUUUCCUUUCGAACCAAGCUUUGGCAAGCUGGCCUUUGUGCAUGAAUGGAGAACGAAGCGUCAGAAGUUGGAUAAUGAGCCUCUUCCUUCAAUAGAGAUGAAAAAGAAAAGUGGCAGGAAAAUGCUUAUGGAACCACCGCUGCUACCGGAUGGAAGGAAAUGUGUACGCACAAUACGAUUCGAACGUAGUGAAGGUGACAGGACUGUAUAUACCGUCGUCGAUUUAUAUAUACACAACAGCGAGUACGAUGGCGUGUUUCGAUGGGGAACGGUCAUGGAUACGAGUGUUAAUGGUGGAAAUAUCGACUUCAAGCUUGGGCCUGAACACAUGAUGGAAGCGUAUAUUGUGCACCUCAAAACGGUCUAUGGCCGUUUCAAUACCCUGGUUUGCGACAACAAUCUCGCCAAUCCUGUGCCACGAUCACCAUCAGUGACAGGACGACUUGCUGCAGCAGUACAACAACAAGCUAAUUUCCAAAUGCAAGCUGCUGGUCUUCAGCAACAACUUCAGAGUCAUCAAAUGAGGAAUAUGCAGGGCAAGCCCGUAUCACAUCAGCAGCAGACAUUGUUGGCACAAGCACAAGCACGGGCGCAAGCUGCUCAAGCACAAGUACAAGCUCAAGGAAUGCCGAAUCAGAGUCAAGCGCCAUCCCAGAGUCACGUGCAACCACCAGCAGCAUCAGCAGCACAAAUGCAACUUCCACAACAAUCCCAAUCGCAGCUUUCACCUUCUCGACCUAGCACACCCACUCAACCUCAAUUGGCCACUCCCACACAAACUCAUGCUCCUACUCCCGCUAUAUCACAUGCCACACUUCCUCGACAACCGCCACAACAACAAGCAAUGGGUAUUCCACCAGGAACGCCUACUUCAAUGAAACCACAAUCAACACCAUCGCAAGCUCAUACACAACUCGCCAACCUUCCUCAACAACAGCAACAACAACCCCAGCAACACAUGACAUCAAUGCCUGCUCAAGUAUCCAUGUCAUUAGCACUUCCACAAAGACCUGCCACUGCUCAAAUGGGUCAACAUGCAAUGACGAGUGGUGUUGGUCAACAAGGCUUUAUGGCAUCUACAUCUCCACAUAGUGGUGCAGGAAUGCUUUCCGUGAAUAAUACCAACAUGAUGGCUAGUGGCCCUGGACGACCGAAUAUGCCUACUGCAAGUGCACAUACACCAACAUCAGGGAUGCAACAACAAGGUUUGGUCAAUGCAAUGGCACCCAAUGCUGCACAACAGCAACAACAAAGCACGCCACUUCAAGCUACCAUACGUCAAAUCCAGUUGCUACUCCAAAAUCGCUCUAUCACCCCUGCUAUGGCACAGCAAAUGCUCACCCAAGCUACUGCAGCUGGUGGUGGAAACUUGCAACAACAAAUGCUUGCUCGUCAGCAGCAACAGCAACAACAACAACAACAACAACAAAUGAUGGGUAAUCAAGCCAAUGCACAACAAGCGUUCUUACAACAACAACAACAACAAAGGAUGGCCAACAUGCAGAUGCCACAACAACAAGGUGCUGGUGUCCAAAGUGGUGCUCAGCAAUUACUUGCACAAAUGAGCCCAGAGCAACAGCGACAAGUGAUGGGUCUAAUGUUACAACGGCAACGGCUUCUUGCUAUGGUACAACAAGGCACGAUCACUCAAGAAGUGUUUCAACAACAAACCUUGCAAGUUCAACAACAACAAGGAGCUCUCAUGCAAGCAUUCCAACAACAGCAGCAAGCUCAACAGCAACAACAGCAACAGCAGCAGCAGCAACAACAACAAGUACCUCAACAAAAUGUUCCUCAAACCCCUCAACAGCAACCACAGGCUACUGCUGCACAACAGACACCUCAACAAACACCUCAACAAGCACAUCAAAUUCCUCAACAACAAGUACCAGGGCAACAAACGCCACAGCAACAGCAUCAAGCUCAAAUGCAGGCACAAUUACAGCUUAUGCAAGCACAACAAGCUGCUGCUCGUGCCCAACAGCAACAACAGCAGGCUGCUGUAGCUGGAAGGACGCCGCAACAACAACCACAACAAGUCCCGAACAUGUUGGGUGGUCUCAAUCAAGGGCAAAUGACAGCACAGCAAGCACAAAUUAUACAACAAUUAAUGAUGCAACGGAAUGCAAUGAGAGCUGGUGGACGAGGUCAGCCACAACAACAACAGCAGGCACGACAACCGUUGUCACAGCAACAGAUUGCCGUGUUACAAAGUAUGCGUGCACAAGCAUUACGUGCCCAGCAACAACAACAACAGCAAAGACAACAGCAAAUGCUUGCAGCAGGUGGUGCUGGUGGUGCACAACCACAGCAGCAACAACAAGGAGCAGCUGGUGCUGGAAUGAACAAUCAGCAAUUUUCUUUAAAUAUACAACAAUACCAAGCGGCUGCAGCAGCCCAACAUCGAAAUUUAAUGUUACAACAGCAACAGCAGCAGCAACAACAACAACACCAUGGAAUGAACAUGGGUGGAGGCGCUGCAGGCGAUCCUUCAUCACAACAGCAUCAGUAA